UCCAGUGUUGAUCUGCCUCACCCUUAAUAAUAAACAAGGUCAUUCACGUAACCCUAAACUAAACCGACUAGCCUAUCGCUUCUUUCUCCUCCGUUUUCCAUACUCUUCUCUUGUCAAUGCUCCAUCUAGCUACCGAGGUUCAACAGGAGAGGGUUCCUCUGUUAAAUGCUCCCUCUUUCCAACCUUUGCCCAGAUUUUCCCCCUUUAAUGUCUUCAAUUGCCCUUUCUCUCUGCGCUGCUACCUCAGGGUCCCUAAAAACCCUACUUUCUGAUUUUGUUUCCUCUUUUAUGCACAGCCCUUAUAGCGAAAUAUUGAGAUUCAAUUUGGGGUUUCCGAGUUUGCGUAAUUCGGUUUCUUUAGCAGCAUGAGUGAUUCAAAGAAGGUGCUGUUAUUUGGAUCGUUUUCUGAAGAUGAAACCAGAUCAUUGCUACUAAAACAGACUUCUGGUGGGAAUAAAAAGCCUGUACAGAAGAAUCAGCUGCAAUUUGGUUCUCUGAAUUUUUCAACUGAAGGAUCCUCAGUUGAUAACACUGGGGAAUCAAGCAAGUUGCCAAAAUCCACAAAAGUACCAGAUAGUGCUCUUACCUCUGAUUCUCAUGAGUGUGAUGAAGCCAACAAAGUUAGUACGGUCCGUGAUAAUUUACCUGCCGUAUCACUGAAAAUAUCAGAGAGUAUUCCUCCCUCUGAUUCUCAUAAACGCAAUGGAGUGAAUAAUGUUAAUAUAAUCAAUAAUAAUUUACCUGGAAUAUCAGGAACUAUAAAAGAGAAUGGAAGCAUUGACAAUGUCUUCAUUGGUCCCACACAUAGGGUUGAUGUAAAUGAAGUUAAAAAGGAAAAUUUCUCGCACACUAUGCCCUCUGAUUUAGAUGGCCCCAUAAAUCAGUUUGCAAGUUUGAAACUGGAUGAUUCUGAGAUUGGAAGCCUGAAGCAUGUGGACGAAAAUGGGAGUCUUGAUCAAGACCCUAAGAUUGCAUCAAAUGGGCAUGUCACAUCCUCUAAAGAGCUCCUUCCUCGAGGCCUUAUUAACUCUGGAAACUUGUGCUUUCUAAAUGCAAGUGUGCAAGCUCUCUUGUCUUGUUCUCAUUUUGUUCAGCUUUUGCAGGAACUAAGAACCCGCAAGAUUCCUAAGGCUGGCUAUCCGACAUUGACUGCGUUUGUUGAGUUUAUUGCUCAAUUUGACAUGCCAAAUAGCACAAAUUUAAAGAAGAAAGAUGCUGCUCUUGAGACAGGAAGGCCAUUUUGCCCUGUCAUGUUUGAAGGGGUUCUGAAAAAUUUUACUCCAGAUGUGCCAAAUAGCAUAUCAGGAAGACCAAGGCAGGAAGAUGCUCAGGAAUUUCUGAGCUUCGUAAUGGAUCAAAUGCACAUUGAAUUGCUCAAGCUUGAAGGACAGUCAAGUAUUAAUGGAGGCAACUCAUCCUUAGUUUGUUCUGUGGAAGAUGAUGAGUGGGAGACUGUGGGACCAAAGAACAAAUCUGCUGUCACAAGGACUCAAAGCUUCCUUCCUUCUGAGUUAAGUGAAAUUUUUGGUGGGCAAUUAAGAAGUUUGGUGAGAGCUAGAGGAAAUCGAGCUUCUGCCACCAUUCAACCAUAUCUUUUGCUCCAUCUUGACAUUUACCCUGAUGCUGUUAACACCAUUGAGAAUGCACUUCACUUGUUUUCUGCACCUGAAACUCUUGAAGGUUUUCGAACAUCCACUACUGGAAAGGCUGGCGUUGUGAGUGCAAGAAAGUCUGUACAGAUACAGACACUUUCCAAGAUAAUGAUAUUGCACCUAAUGCGUUUUAGUUAUGGAAGCCAGGGAAGCACUAAGCUGCAUAAGCCAGUGCAUUUUCCUCUUGAGUUGAUUUUGGGUCGUGAUUUGCUUGUAUCACCAACUACUGAGGGUCGAAGAUAUGAGCUUGUUGCUACAAUAACCCACCAUGGAAGGGAGCCUUCAAAGGGCCACUACACGGCUGAUGCCCGAUACUCCAAUGGUAGGUGGCUACGGUUUGAUGACGCAUCAGUCUCUGCCAUCGGAGAAACCAAGGUGUUGCAUGACCAAGCAUAUGUUCUUUUCUACAAACAAGUUUGAAGCCAUAAUUCCUGCUAAUGCCAGCAUUGACUUCUCCCCUGAGAAAUGUGGCUGCUAUCGAAUUACUGUUGUGGGUGGUUACAUUCAACGUUUGUCAAAGAUUACUUAUGAACUGGUCAAGCAUCAUAUCCAUCGCUCAGGAGCCAGGACUCUGAUUCAUGUCAUAUUUGCUAAGGUGCCAUUAAUGGUUUUCCCGUGCUUCAGCGUGAUUUGUUAUUUUUCAGAUUGGCAUAACUGUUAACUUAGAAGGGUGAAGAGUUUUCUAGUCCUCUAGCCAUCGCCAAGGGAUGUAUCCUAAUACUGUUGCGAUAGAUUCUUAAGGAAUGCCGCAUGUAUAACACGGAGUCUGUUAGAUAUGGGAUUCUAACUUAUAUUUUAUUAUGAAGUUUCAGCCUUGCCCUUUUUUUCUCUCUUUGCCCCUGUUAAUAUUGAAGCUAUAUUGUAGUUUAUGC